AUGAUUAGAUAUAGAGACGGAUUUAGAUUUCAUUACCUCGGCUCGUUUCCCUUACUUUCUCGUCCGCCAUCUACCAGCGCCUACCCCGCUAUCAAUUUCUUCCUCGUUUCGCGCAGGUCCGCCUUAUCACCCCUUAACGGUCGCCCUUUUCUUUCGUCACGACCGCAACUUUCAUCCACCGGUCAGCUUUCGCCGCCGUCUUUCUCCUUCGUGCGAUUCUCCAAGCUGGACUCGCAUGAGUUUAUGGCGAACAUUGUUCAGUUUUCCGUCGACAACACCUCUCCUCAAAUCUCUUAUUUUCCGUUUGCCGACACUUUAUCCACUCCGAAUCUCAGCGCAGGCUGGAAUCCGUAUUUCUCGUUGUCAGGCUUUGCGGGUGUUCUUGGUGAAUCAGGAAAUGGGACAAGCCACCAUAUUACGUCCCUCGAUGGCGCUUCACUAUCGAUACACUGGCGAGGUACCGGGAUUCAGUUGCAAGGGAACGCUACCAAUGCCAGCUACUCGUUGCUACUCGAUGGGGCCGCUAUUAAACCUGACGUCGUCGAUUAUUCGAACAGCAUCCUAGCCACUAUACAAGGCCUUCCAGACGUUGAGCACACCAUCUCACUAACUACCCAGAUACCAAGCAGUCAAGACCCACCUAAUUCCUCUAUUGUUGUUUUUGACCGGGCCAUAAUUAUAUCCACAAUUACGAAUGAUACCUUCCCAGACGAAAAUUUCACCUUACGAACAUUAAAUGAUAACGAUAUCGCUUACCUUGGCCAAUGGUCAUUUCAGAAUACCUCAGGCGUUUCAUUUCACCAAUCUAGCACAGUUGGCGAUCGCGCUCUCGUCACUUUCAACGGCAACUACACCGUCACUCUUGACAAUAUAUCCACAUCACUCUCCGGGAAAUCCUCUUUUGCAGCCCACGACACUCUCCUUUUCUUUGCCUCCGAUUUAGACCCGAACUCGAAUCACUCCGUUGAGAUCCGUAACGAUGGUGGCGGAAAUCUUGCAUUACUCGUUGGCGGAUUUAACGCCUACGCAACGGGUGCUAUCCUCAAUGAUUCCAUCGAAACGCCGAAAUCAUCCAAUAUUAGCACUUCUUUUCCAAAAGGAACAAUUGCGGCCUUUACUCUCGCUGGCAUUCUUGCCUUUCUCGGGAUAUCAGGGUUUCUCUUCUUCUUCCUCGUCUACAGGCCGCGAAGGCGACGACGUCGACUAUCAAGGGCUGCUUUUAGAUUCCGUCAACGCCCGCCGAGCAGCUACAAAGAACACGAAGCCGUCUUAGACAUCGGACCUCGUGGAUCAGGAGACGAUGACCUUGUGAUAGACGUAUCUAAUGCAAACAGCCUACAUCGCGGUAGCAGUAAAGGCGGGUACGCUCUGUGGAAGUUGGAGGGUGCUGUUCCGACUGCAGGGACCUUGGGUGUUGAUUUCAGACAUUCAGACUCGUUCAUGCAAGGCAAGUAUGGGAGUGCGAAAUACGACGAAGAACUGGCGUUCGAGGAACUGGAACCGUUCAGUGCGCGUUCGUGUCCCUCGACGAAGGGAAAGCGGAGUUUAAGAAAUAAGGGUAAAGCGAAGAGAGCCACAGACGGGUCGUGGUCCCCAAGCUUUACGAUUGAGCUCCCGCUCGAAGGCCCGCAUUCAACGCCAGAAGGUGAUCACUCGAGCGCCAUACAUGGGCAUGGAAUCGAAUCGCUUUCUUACAUGUCCCCUCCCAAGUCACCCACUAGAGAACCAUCGCAUAACCCCCCUCCACCAUCCUACGCCGCCUCCGUAUCGAAUAGGGCCUCCAACAGAUCAUCCAAUCCUUCCGUACCGCGCUCCAUUUCCCAUUCAACUGUCUCUUCCCCUGUCCCUACCCCGAAGGUGCCUUCAUUACAAGACCUGCCCUAUGCAGACCUCAACCCCAGGUCCACAGAAGACAAUACAGUUCCACCUCCUCUUCCCGUUUACUACCCAUUGGAGUCUAUGUCCAGGGAAGACAGAGGCAGCAUUGUUGGCUCUAGUACCGACGACCAUCGGAGUAUGAUUGCUGGGUCCGUCGUGAAUCAGGUGCUACGCAGUCUCAGCCCACGCACGAGUGUGCUUGAGAUUACCCCCCCGAAGCAGCAGCAGCAGCACAAGGAGGAGAGGAAGCGCAAAAAGAAGGAGAAGGUUCUUGGUGAGGCUUCGACUCGAGGGUCUCCUUCGCCUAUCCAAAUACCGAAGAGAGACCACGAGCACGCAUCUUCCAGUUCGCAGGAACCGACCAAAGUGAAGAGGUCGAGGAAGGGUGGUAAAAAAGUCUCCUCACGGCCAUCGACUGCGAAUGAGAUGGUGGAAGUUCAGGAUGGCGUUUUCCUGAGUGUACCAGAGACAAGUCCGUUUAGAGUGGACUUUGCUGAAAGCUCGUUAGUUAUCCCCCCACGACGUGCAUCUACAUCCAAAAGGGACUCCAGCUUGUCCCCGGUUCGUUUUGACUUUGGACAGUCGGACGAAGGACCCAGUUCACCUCAGGAACAGCAGCAACCUGAGGAGCUUGUCCCAGCCAUGAGUUCUCGUCAAGCAUUCCGUCUUACGCCAGCCAGCAUACAUCCCCUCAACUUGGGACACUCUCUAUCGAGGAAUUCUACCAUUGCGGAGUCCUUCAUCGACUUUACAUCUUCAUCUGAGAACUCCUUGCGUCCGCGGUCGGGUAUUUCCUCCGCCACCCGAGAACGACACUGGGACGCAUCUACGAUGCCUGAUAUGCCUGGGGAUAGUAGGUCUAGAUGGAGCAACACCACCAUGUCGACAAGCCACGACCGGAUAGGGACAGCCGGCACAUUUGGACCUCCUCCCCCUCUGCUAGCUCCGCAACCUAACAUGCCAGUUACUAUCCCCUUCCUCCUCACCAUUCCUUCCAACUCGAGUGCGGCUUCUGCAGAUGGUGAUGACGUUGACGACGUUGCGUCGAAUGACCACAGCAGCAACUUGAACCAUCAACGACAAUCCCACCUUAGUGUAGGAUCGCAACAACCCAGCGACGCACUGCAUGUUCAUCCUCGUUUUGAGAGCCUCGAAUCCCCAACGGAUAGCGUACGAAUGUCUAUUACGUCUGACCUACGCUUCAGACACAGCGACUCGCACGAGUCACGGCGUACGAGCUCUUUCACAGCUCCUAUAGGGCGGGAACACGGGUACGCAGCUUUCCCGCCAGAGUUGGCUGAGCGCUUUGGGCCUCUGUCCCCAGCCAUCUCUACACCUGGCUAUAUCGUGCAAAGAGUGCUUGGAAUUCAAACUCCUACCUCGACCUCGAGCGCAGGUGUUCGCCCAGGCCAUUCACGGUCUGGUUCGAGCACAUUGGCAUUGAUCAUGGACGGCACCCUCUACUUACUUACUCUAAUUUGUCUUGAACGAACUUUCGCUUGGACGUUUCACGCUUCAUUAUGA